AGGCAUCAACAAAUUCGUCGCCAAAUUCUCAAUCCCUUUGCUUUCUUUUCAAAUAAUCUCUCAAAACAACCCCUAUAAGAUGAGCCCUAAACUCAUUCUCUCUGACAUUCUCCAGAAAAUCUUAGCCGUUGUUGUAUUAGCCGCGGUUUUAAGAUUCUGGCAUCCAACAGGAGGAAGAGGAGGAAAAUUGGGUUGGCUCAUAACCGGUUUAUCUAUAUCGGUGUUGCCAAACACUCUCAUUCUUGGAAUCCCAAUCUUGAGUGCCAUCUAUGGAGAUGAAGCUGCGAGCAUCUUGGAGCAGAUUGUUGUGUUGCAAAGCUUGAUUUGGUACAGCAUCUUGCUCUUCUUGUUCGAGCUUAAUGCCGCAAGGGCGUUACCUUCAUCUGGACCUUCCCUAGAACAUACAGGCAACGAUCAUGAAGAGGCUAAUAUAGAGGAAGAGCCAAAAGAAGAAAACGAAGAAGAAGUAGCAAUAGUGAGAACAAGAUCUAUUGGAACUAUGAAGAUUCUAUUGAAGGCUUGGAGAAAGCUUAUAAUCAAUCCUAAUACAUACGCAACAUUGAUCGGAAUCAUUUGGGCUACUUUACAUUUCAGAUUGGGAUGGAAUUUGCCUGAGAUGAUUGAUAAAUCAAUACAUUUAUUAUCUGAUGGAGGCUUAGGAAUGGCCAUGUUCAGCUUAGGUCUUUUCAUGGCAUCACAAAGUAGUAUCAUAGCAUGUGGAACAAAAAUGGCGAUUAUAACAAUGCUCCUCAAGUUCGUAUUAGGACCUGCUCUUAUGAUUGCUUCUGCGUUUUGCAUCAGAUUAAGAAGUACUCUCUUCAAAGUCGCAAUAUUACAGGCUGCAUUGCCUCAAGGAGUAGUGCCAUUUGUUUUUGCAAAAGAGUAUAAUCUUCAUCCCGAGAUCAUUAGUACUGGGGUGAUCUUUGGAAUGAAGCAAUCAUGGUUAAAGGUCCAGGACUCUACACCGAAAUCGGCAAAAAAGCCAGAGGACUACCAAGGAGACCAGAAAUUCAGUGUUACCACUUACUCUUCAACCGGUGUUGCGAUCACUACAACGGGAACAAACAAAGGAAGCGUCUUUUUGGGUGAUGUAGCUACCCAAGUGAAGAACAAGAACUACACUGCUGAUGUCAAAGUUUCCACUGAUUCUUCUCUGUUGACCACUCUUACCUUUGAUGAGCCUGCCCCUGGACUGAAAGUAAUUGUUCAGGCUAAGUUACCUGAUCACAAAUCUGGAAAGGCUGAGGUUCAGUAUUUCCAUGACUACGCUGCUAUCUCUACCAGCGUUGGAUUCACAGCUAGCCCGAUUGUCAAUUUCUCCGGUGUGGUUGGAUCCAAUGUUCUGGCUCUUGGUACUGAUGUGGCCUUCAACACUGAAUCUGGCAACUUCAAACAUUUCAAUGCUGGUUUGAACUUCACCAAGGAUGAUUUGAUUGCUUCCCUCAUUCUGAAUGACAAAGGUGAGAAACUGAACGCAUCCUACUACCAGAUUGUGAACCCGUUGACCAACACUGUGGUUGGAGCUGAGAUUAGCCACAACUUCACAACGAAAGAGAAUGCCAUCACUGUUGGGACUCAACACGCGAUUGACCCAUUGACCACAGUGAAGGCACGAGUGAACAAUGCUGGUGUGGCUAACGCACUGAUCCAACAUGAGUGGCGUCCAAAGUCGUUCUUCACCGUUUCUGGAGAGGUUGAUUCUAGGGCGAUCGAGAAGAGUGCUAAGGUUGGGAUUGCUCUCGCUCUCAAGCCUUGAGAAGAUACCAAAUGGGCCCUGAAAGUGGGUAGAAUAGUUAUUUCGUUUUCGUCUUCAAAUCUUUGGACAAAUCUCUGUCUGGUUUGCUAAACAAUCUUUCAUUUGUUUUUUUUUGUUCGGUGUUGGGAUUUUGUAGAAAAUAAAAGAAAAAAAUACUA